CUGUUUUCUCCGUUUUCUUCGCUAUCUCAGCCGGUUUUUAGCGGGAUUUUAUUGCUCUUUUCUUAUUUCGCGUGUUUCAUGCGUUUCUUCGCAGCUCAGAGCGGCCCGGCUGUGUCGCGCUGGAGGGGACGGGGUUCCUGGCCCUGCCACGUUCAACCUGAGACAAACCAAACCCCACCUUAGACCUGACCUUCGGUUCUGCACCUUAAAACCACCUUCAGUAUUUAUAUGUAGUCUGUCCUGGUGUUGAAAACAUUUCCUGCAGGUGGGAAGGAAAGUGAGAUGGUUCAGCUGUACUUCCCAGUGUGCCUGUCUGAAAAAGCACUUCUCCAUUGGCAUGAUCUGUGUUGUAAUUGAAGAGUAAAUGCUUCUAUAUGAGCAGGAGGGGUGCAGCAUGGAUUCCCUGGAUCACAUGCUAACAGACCCCCUGGAGCUGGAGGGCAAUUGCACACGGAUCAUGGAGGACUGCAUGCUAGGCACCGCCCGGGUCAGUCUGCCCGAGGACCUCCUGGAGGAUCCUGAGGUCUUCUUUGAGGUUGUCAGCUUGUCAACGUGGCAGGAGGUCCUGACAGAUGAGCAGCAAGAGCAUCUAAAGAAAUUCCUGCCUCACUUCCCUGAGAACAACCGAGAGCAUCAGAACAACCUCAUCUCAGCGCUGUUCAGUGGGGAGAACUUUCGGUUUGGGAACCCACUGCACAUUGCCCAGAAACUCUUCCGGGAUGGACACUUCAAUCCCGAGGUGGUGAAGUACCGGCAGCUCUGUUACAAGUCGCAGUACAAGCGCUACCUGAGUGCCCAGCAGCAGUACUUCUACAGGCUGCUCAAGCAGAUCCUUGCUUCCCGCAAUCACUUGCUGGAAUUAGCCAGGAAAGGAGGCCCUGACAUGACCCUGAGGAGAAAGCACUUCCCACCGACAUAUGACUCGGAAGAACGAGACAGACGGACACAUCGACGCUACUUGAAGAUCCUGAGGGAAGUGAAAGAGGAGUGUGGAGACACUACCUUGUCUUCUGAUGAAGAAGAUCUAAUCUCUUGGCCUCCAAGUUCUCCAGCACGUUGUUCAAGUCCACCAGUUCCCCUGCGAGUGGUCCCCACACUGUCAACCUUGGACAUGAAAACUGCAGACAAGAUAGAACUUGGGGAAAGCGAUUUAAAGAUGAUGUUGAAGAAACACCAUGAGAAACGAAAACGUCAGCCUGAUCACCCUGAUCUAGUCACGACAGACUUGACCCUUGAGGACAUCAUGACUCGAGUGAAUGCUGGCAGGAAAGGUUCCUUAGCAACCUUAUUUGACCUUGCGACCCUCAAGAAAAAGGUGAAGGACAAAGAAGAUAAGAAAAAAAAGAAACCGAAGAUUAUUAAAUCUGAGGUGGAAGAUUUGGCUGACUCUCUUGGCAAUGCAGAUGGACUCCCAUCAAUGUCUCAGGAUUUUUCCCCCCUCCCUCUGUCAUCUGUCAAAGAGGAACCUUUUGAAGAUAUGAAACCAUGCCUUGAAAUAAAUGAAAUAUCAUCCAGCUUCUUUUUCCUUCUUUUGGAGAUACUGUUUCUGGAAGGACCUGUUACUCUCUCUGUGCUUGAAGAUAAAGUUCUCGAUUGGCAAUCUUCUCAUGCCAGUGCACUAAAUAACUGGUUCUCCUUUGCCCCUAAUUGGUCUGAAUUGGUUUUACCUGCCUUGCAGUAUUUGGCAGGCGACAGCAGAGAUGCUCCUUCCAGCUUCUCACCUUUUGUUGAAUUCAAGGAAAAAAGUCAGCAGUGGAAAUUGCUUGGUAGUUACCAAGAUCAUGAGAAGGAACUGGCAGCACUAUUUCAUCUCUGGCUGGAGACCAAAGACCAGACUUUUUUCAAAGAAAAUGAAGACAGCUCGGAUGCCAUGCCACUACCCAGAGUAAGGACUGACUAUGUAGUCCGGCCUAGCACUGGAGAGGAGAAACGGGUGUUUCAAGAACAGGAGCGUUACCGUUACAGCCAGCCCCACAAAGCCUUCACCUUCCGCAUGCACGGCUUCGAGUCAGUUGUUGGUCCUGUGAAGGGGGUGUUUGACAAGGAAACCUCCUUAAACAAAGCCCGGGAACAUUCUCUCCUGCGCUCAGACAGACCAGCAUAUGUCACCAUUUUGUCCCUUGUUCGUGAUGCUGCUGCUCGCCUUCCUAAUGGAGAGGGAACUCGAGCUGAAAUCUGUGAGCUGCUCAAAGAUUCCCAAUUCCUAGCUCCAGAUGUCACAAGUGCUCAGGUAAACACUGUUGUUAGUGGUGCUCUGGACCGAUUGCAUUAUGAGAAAGAUCCCUGUGUGAAAUACGAUAUUGGGCGGAAGUUGUGGAUCUACCUGCACCGGGACAGGAGCGAGGAAGAGUUUGAACGGAUCCAUCACGCUCAAGCUGCUGCAGCAAAGGCCAAGAAAGCUCUUCAGAAGCCAAAACCUCCAGCUAAAAUGAAGUCAAGUAGCAAGGAGGGUGCUGUGAAAGCCCUCCCCACCAGCACAGCAGAACCCAGCCAGCUGAGCCUCAGUGACUCCAGCAUGCCACCAACUCCUGUGACUCCCGUGACACCAACUGCACCUGCAUUGCCAGCAACAGCCAUCUCAUCCCCACCAGUGUCUGUGGUCAGCAAGAGUGUAUCUGGUGCUGGGUCAGAGCCACCAAAACCCAGCCAGAGUGUUCUCCUGGUGUCUUCCCCCACCAUGCCCCAGCUGGGGACGUUACUGUCCCCAGCUCAGAGCUCACAGGCGCAGCCAGGGCCAGCGCCCACCCCACGUGUGGUCAGUCACAGCAGCUCCUCAGGCCUGCCACAGGUCCGCAUGGUCACUGCCCAGUCCAGCCUGCCAGCCAUGUCCCAGCAAGCUCCCGUGGUCACCCAGCAGCAGCAGCCCACAUCGGUGCCUCAAAUCCGUGUUCCAGCUACAGCCACACAAACCAAAGUGCUCCCUCAGGCUGUGAUGACUCUGCCUGUAAAAGCUCAAAGUAGCCCUGUGCAGGUGCCAAGAGCAGGAAGCUCCAUGGCCAGCCAGGCAGGUAUCACUGUGACGGGGCUGCCUGCUGUGCCCAGCUCUGCUGUGAAGCCAGUGACCAGCUCUCCAGGCAGUUCUGUUGCCAGCACCUCCUCCACCACUGUCAUUCAGAACGUGGCUGGCCAGAACAUUAUCAAGCAGGUGGCUAUUACAGGACAACUUGGCGUGAAGACCCAGGCUGGAAGUGGCAUCCCACUCACAGCGACCAAUUUUCGGAUCCAAGGGAAGGACGUGUUGCGCCUGCCCCCAUCGUCCAUCACCACGGACGCGAAGGGACAAACGGUGCUGCGCAUUACUCCGGACAUGAUGGCCACCCUGGCCAAGUCUCAAGUCACUACUGUCAAACUGACUCAGGACCUCUUCACAGCAGCUGCGGGAAGCAGUGCUGGUGGGAAAGGCAUCUCUGCAACUUUGCACAUGACAUCCAACCCUAUCCAGACUGCUGAGUCUCCAGCCAAGACAAGCACAGUGUCUCCUGCCUCUUCCAGCCCAGCCGGAGGCACCGUGGUUAAAGUGACUCCUGACUUAAAGACUGCAGAGCCGACAAGCUCUGCUUUCCGCCUGAUGCCUGCCCUGGGCGUGACUGUGGCAGAUCAGAACAGCAAAGCCAUAACCACAGUGGCAUCCACGGAGGCCAAGCCAGCUGCCACGAUCAGAAUCGUGCAGGGGCUGGGGGUGAUACCCCCCAAAGCCGGGCAGACCAUCACUGUAGCCACUCAUGCUAAGCAGGUGCCGUCGUCUUCAGCAGUGAGUGUUGCUGGCACAGGCCACACCUCCUUACCCACCGUGACUGCCACAGUGUCCAAAGCAGUUGCUGUGGCCUCAGGAGCUGCAGGGACCCCCAUAACCAUCGGCACAGGAGCCACGGCUGUACGGCAGGUGCCCGUCAGCACCACAGUGGUAUCUACGUCCCAGGCAGGCAAACUUCCAGCACGGAUCACAGUGCCCCUGUCAGUGAUCAGCCAGCCAGUGAAGGGCAAGAGCGUGGUCACUGCCCCCAUCAUCAAGGGCAACCUCGGUGCCAACAUCAGUGGAUUAGGCAGAAAUAUCAUCCUGACUACAAUGCCAGCGGGGACUAAACUGAUUGCUGGGAACAAGCCUGUGAGUUUUCUGACUGCACAGCAACUACAGCAGCUGCAGCAGCAAGGCCAAGCCACACAGGUACGAAUUCAAGCAGUUCCAGCCUCCCAUCUCCAACAGGGAACAGUCUCUGGCUCCACUAAAGCUGUGUCCACUGUGGUUGUGACAACAGCUCCGUCUCCAAAGCAGACACAGGAUCAGCUGUGAAUGCUGGUUUGAACACGGAUCACUUUCUAAGAACUUCCCUGAGCCUGUUGUCAUCCUCCAUCCAACCAACCACCUGAGGCUGCCUAACUCCAGCCAUGGCUUGAGAUUGGACUGAGUUCUGCCCUUGCUUCUCCAGGGUCAGCACUGCGAUGUCUGGGUAGAAAAAAAUAUGGUGUACCUGCAAAACAAAAUGUUUCAGUCCAAAUGUGUAAAUCCGUGUUCUUUGGAAUUGAUGAUUUAAGAAAUGUCUUCCCAUUCUUUGUUCUUUUUCCAUCCAAAGGACUUUUGGUAAAUACAGUUCCUGUGCAUUUUCGGUUGUAGACAAAGCAGUUAUCCUGGAUCUUCAUUAAGCAGGGAAAGUUGCUUGGAAGGGGUUAUUCAGUGGCUUUUCAAAGUCAUGGAGAAGAUGUCUCCUUUUACUGGCAUCUGCCUGUCACUGCUGUUACCUAGUGACU